UUCCGCUCUCUGUAUGUCAAACAUGGCGCUGCUGCUAAGGACGUUUGCCCGUCAGGGCGCCUGUCUCGCCAGACCACAGUUCAGUGUCCUCUACAGACAUGCCGCUCCAAUGGGAACCACAGCGAAGGAUGAGAUGAACAAGUUUUGGGCCAAAAACGCCAGAUUAAACCGACCUAUGUCUCCACAUCUCACCAUCUACCAAUGGUCCGUCCCCAUGCUGAUGUCCAUCACACACAGAGGAACUGGAGUGGGGCUCAGUGGAGCUAUCUCGACUUUUGCUCUGGCGGCAUUGGUAUUACCGGGAAGUUACCCCUACUACCUGGACUUGAUCCAUUCGCUGUACAUCGGCCCCUAUCUCAUUGGGUUGGCCAAAUUCGGCAUCUCCUUCCCUGUAUCUUACCACACCUAUAACGGCAUCCGCCACUUGUGGUGGGACAUGGGGAAGGGCUUCAAGAUCCCAGAAGUCUACCGCACCGGCUACACAGUUAUUUGCCUGUCCGUCAUCACCUCCAUAGCUUUGGCUAUGCUUUGAGAAUAAAGCAAGAAGAGAUGAACAGAAGGAGUUGAAAAGGACUGAAUGCACUGUGGGAGUUUUGUGUAUAUGUUCUGUUCUGGCCUACUGCAGGUCCCAUUUCAUCAAAGUAUUAAAUAAAGGAUUAUAUUAUGCUGUA